CCAAGACGCCCUCUGGGCUGAGCUUGCAUGUUAACAUUCCUCAUUGGAACGAACCGCGAACAACGGCGACGGGCGAACGGCGAACGCGAACGCAACCGUGCAGGCGUAGUUUCGAAAAUUGCCGUAAGAGGUUCUGACUAUCAUUCGUUUGCUCUUCCACCUCGCGUGCCCCUUUCUGAAAUCCAGCCAAGAUGGGUCGCGUUAGGACGAAGACUAUCAAAAAGGCUGCUCGAGUCAUCAUCGAGAAGUACUAUACAAGAUUGACUCUUGACUUCCACACUAACAAAAGAUUAUGUGAGGAAAUCGCUAUCAUUCCAAGCAAGCCCUUGAAGAACAAGAUUGCUGGAUUUGUUACCCAUCUCAUGAAGAGGCUUCGUCACAGCCAAGUACGUGGUAUUUCCAUCAAAUUGCAAGAAGAAGAGAGAGAACGUAGGGAUAACUACGUUCCAGAAGUUUCUGCUUUGGAGCACGACAUUAUUGAAGUUGAUCCAGAAACUAAGGAGAUGCUCAAGAUGUUGGAGUUCACCAAUAUUCCUGGACUACAGAUCUCCCAACCAACGCCACAUGGAUUUGGUAGACGUGCUUAAGGAUAUUUAUACCAUCAAAAAAAUAUCUACUUUGUCGUUUUCAAAAGAAUAAAGACACAAAGUGGAAA